GAGCUCUCUCUCUCUCUCCGCUGACUCCGCUCCGUGUCUUAUUAUUAUUUCUCGCGUCAGAGAGUCGAGAGAGAGCGCCCUGUCGCCGUCGUCGCCGUCGUUAGUUGUCGUAUACAUGCACUUGGCGUAGGUCGUACGUCGUACAACGUCGUGUGUCCCUGUAUAUACACCUACAACGGGCCUUUCUCCUCAUCUCGAGCGUCGUUCCCGUCGUGCGGAUGCUCCUUCCGAUUCAUCCGACGCGAUUAUACAGUGUGACAAAAGGUGAAGAACUGCGUUAAAACGAGAGAAGACUCUCCUCUCCGAAGUUUUCGCGUGUGUGCGUGUGUGUGCUUGUGUGUGAGAAUAAUAUAUUUUGUGAGAGUACAAAAAAGUGACUGCCAGUGCUUUUGCGACAUCAUCUGGAGGCACUCUGAUUACCAACCAGCUUUCCGAUUCUCCCUGGGCUCGGCUGUGACUAGCGGUCCGUUUCUCGAUUGGCAUCGCCAAAUUAUCGGGAGCACGGGUCACCAUUAAUCGGACACCCAUCGGCGCUUCGCGCUCAUCCUCCCAUCCCGCGGAGUCGUCAACGUGGCGGGUCCACCAGCAGCGGAGAAACGGUGGUCGGGCCGGCGCUCGGCUAGCCACCCCACCAGGCUCGGUCUCCAGCUUAGGUAAAUCCUCCGACCGGCAAAGUAAGCAAUAACCUCCGAAGCAAAGAAGAACGAUUAAAGGACAGCUCGCCGAGGCGGAGGGCUAACCCAACAAGCGGCCAAAGCUGGCGGCCAACCUGGCUCGCUCGCUCGGCGCCGCGGGCGGCAACGGCUCCGGCAACGGCAACAACAACGGAAACAACAAUGGCAAUGCUCGGGGCAACGGUAACAACAACAACAACAACAACAACAACAGAUCGAGCCCGGCGUCGGCUGCGGCAGCGGCUGCGGCAGCGGCCCACGUUGCUGCGGCUCACGUCGCCGUGGCCGUCAACAACGCAGCCAGGGGAGCCGGAGCUGCGGGUGGAAACGCCGCGGCUGCUGGUGGCGGUGGUGGACCGAUGCUCGAGUGGGAGAACGAAAACGAUAGAUUUUCCUUCGAUGACUCGGACAGGUUCGAGGAGGACUCGUUGUGCAGCUGGAGCACCGAGCCCGAGUCCAUAUGCAACAAUUGGAGGGGCUGGAAGAGACCCAUCACGGCCCUCAGCAACUCCAAGCGCUCCUUUGAAGAUGGGCAACAAGUGCCGACGUUGUGCGAGCUCGCGGCCCGUUGCGUCGCCUCCCACAUCCCGUUCGAGCUGGUCGAGCACUUUUACUCACCGGUCCCGGAACAGCUGCAACUAAGGAUAGCCUUUUGGAGCUUUCCGGACAACGAGGAGGACAUACGGCUCUACUCGUGCCUGGCCAAUGGCAGCUCGGACGAGUUCUCGCGCGGCGAGGCGCUCUUCCGCUCGAAGAACGUCAAGGAUCCCCUUCAGAUAGGUUUUCACCUGAGCGCGACGGUAUGCUCGAUGAUGGUGUCCGCGAACGGCCGGGAGCAGUACAACGUGGCCGUGACCUUCGAUCGGCGAAGGAUCACUUCUUGCAACUGCACGUGCUCCUCGGCCGCCUACUGGUGCUCCCACGUGGUCGCCGUCUGCCUCUACAGGAUACACAUGCCCACGCAGGUGUGCCUGCGAGCCCCGGUGUCCGAGUCGUUGUCGCGCCUUCAACGCGAGCAGCUGCAAAAGUUCGCCCAAUACCUGAUAAGUGAGCUCCCGCAGCAGAUACUCCCUACGGCCCAGCGUUUGCUCGACGAGCUGCUCUCGGCCACCCCGAGCGCCAUAAACACGUACUGCGGCGCCCCGGAUCCCACGGCCGGUGCCUCGGCCAACGACCAGACCUCCUGGUACCUCGACGAGAAGACCCUCCACGACAACAUCAACAAGAUACUCAUCAAGUUUUGCGUGCCCGCCCCCAUAGUCUUCAGCGACGUGAACUACCUGAGCACGACGGCGCCGCCCGCUGCUGCCGAGUGGUCGUCCCUGUUGCGGCCGUUGCGGGGCCGCGAGCCCGAGGGCAUGUGGAACCUGUUGAGCAUCGUCCGGGAGAUGUUCAAGCGUACCGAUCGCAACGCCAUACCCCUCCUCGAGAUAAUAACCGAGGAGUGCCUGGCCUGCGAGCAGAUCCUCGUCUGGUGGUUCAACACCAAGGCUGCCCUCAUCAACGGCAACGGCCACUCGGGCGGCGGCAAGCACAGCAACAUGAACAGCAACGCCCACGCCUCCCAGCACGCCUGCGCCUCACUCUGCGACGAGAUCGUUGUACUCUGGCGGCUGGCUGCCCUCAAUCCUGGCUUGUCGCCCUCGGAGCGCGACAUGCUCCGCCGGCAAUUCACCGCCUGGCACCUCAAGAUCGUCGACAAGCUGAUGAAGAUCAGAAACUCGUCGGUGUCGCAGAACUCGCACAACCGCAACAACGCCGGUGGUGGUGGUGGUGGUGGUGGUGGUGGUGGAGGAGGAGGUGGUGGCCAGAAGGACUCGUUGAAGAGCGACCUCGAGCUGUUCAUCGGUUUCAAGCCGGCGUUGGAGGCUUGCUUCCUCGACUGGGAGGAGUACACGUUGCCCGGGAUCACGUACACGGCGAGCAGCAACCCGAUGUAUCACUGCCCGUUCACCUGUUUCAAGCACAACGGGGACUCGAAGAACGAGGUCAACCAGAUCAACUCGAGCGCGGCGGUCCUCGGGUGUAACCCGCCCACGUCCUUCCACCACCACUCGCGCAGGCACGCCGGCCACAGUCUGAUCGAUUACAGCGCGUACGUGGACGUGCGCCGAAGACUCAACCACCGGGAUUACCACCCGGGCUUGUGCCCCCGUCCCAACGACCCGGGCGACGGUAAUCGCAGCAGCGACAGCAGCGAGGGCUUCUGCGAGAACGACGCCGACAUGCACGACAUCGGGGAACUGCCCGUCCUCCUGGUCAGGUGUGCCCGCAAGCAGCAGCUCAACAACAGCUGCGACACCGACUCCCAGGAGGGUGGUGGUAGCGAGUCCUCGUCCAAUAGCAACGAGAGCCUCAAGACCGGGCAGCUGCAGCGGCCGGAGCAAACGCGCUCUAACGCCUCGACGGCCGAGAGCAAUAGCAGCGACAGCAGGAGCGAGACCAGCGUUGUCCAGAAGAAGCCUGCGAGUGGGGAUAAGCAGCGUGGCUCGAGCCACGUCCCGGCUACGAGGCCCAAGAGCCCGACAGCGGCCGAGCUCCAGGAGGCGAUCAAGGCAGGCGAGGCGGUCGCUUCGUCGGUCGUAGUCGUGGGCAAUCCUCCGAUCAUCGCGCCGUCGUCGUCCACGGCCACGACGGGUGGUAGGUACGGCAAUAAUUUGGCAGCGGCUGCCGUGGCGGUCGCGGUGGCCGCGGCGAAGAAGGCGACCGGGGGCGAGCAGGAGUCCGACCUCGAGAAGGACCCGUCCAGAAGGCCGUCCAAGGACGAGAGCUCGUCGUCGAGCAGCGGGGUCGGCGAUCAUCCCUUGCUCGACGAGUACAACGUCUACUACUACGACACUCAGGAGGCAUUUACCAACUUCGUCGCGAGGGACCGGAAGCCCGAGACGCCGGGCAGCUCUGCCGCAGCGAAUUUGAAGAACAUUUUAGCUAAUUUGAAAAAGACUGAAGACAUACUCUUCGCGCGGGCGGAGGGCCUCUACGCUCACGGGCACACGCGCGAGGCUUGUAUCCUUGGUGUCAAGUUGGCCGAGGAGUUGCUGGCGAAUCCACCGGAUCUCAUGAUCGAAGUGCCUCCCAUGCCGGUCAAGGGUAAGAAGAAAAAGCAUCAAGUGAACCCAGCUUCUCAUCAGCUCACGUGUUCUGCCUCGGCGACGCUAGCGAAAUGCGGUUUUCUCUGUACAGUUUUAGCCGAGAACCCAGAGUAUUAUAAUUUGGCCUUUAGAGUUGGCCUCUUUGGGCUAGAGAUGGCUAGACCACCUGCAAGUACGAAGCCACUGGAGGUGAAACUGGCACAUCAAGAGAGCGAACUCGUGACUUUGCUCAAACGUAUACCCUUAGGGCCCGACGAAUUGGCGAUAGUUAGACACAGAGCCAAGCAGCUCAAGGAUGGAGUACUGCGCUCCAGAGGACACGCUCUGCUUCCGAUUAUGCUGGCUAGCUUCAUAUUUGAUUCGCUCAAUACGUCGAAAAUGAAAUUGUCCACGGACGUGGACGAGGAGUUGGGUUUCGAUGCAGCUGUAGCAGCUCUCGGACUCAAGGCCAACAUAAGCGAAGCCGAACAUCCGUUGCUUUGCGAAGGAACGCGACGACAGCGGGGUGAACUGGCUAUAACGCUGUUGGUCAAUUACAAAGACGAACCGGCCAAGGUGGCAAGAAUCAUGGACAAACUCCUAGAUCGCGAGGUGCACCAGCUCAUAAGGUCACCGAUAGUGAGCAGCUACUACAGCUCGAACCCACCAACCAAGAGCCAGCUCUCGUACCUCCGUCGAGAAAAGUCGUGCAGCUCGCCGCUCAUGGGUUUAGAGGCGUCUGGCUCGGCUGAUGGUGUCAUGGGCUCAAACAGCCGACCGCACAGCAGCACGAGCGCGGAGUUGGAAUCCGGCAUGAAUGCCCUCACAGUCCAGCCCCAGCCGGCUCAGCAGUCUGUGUCCGCGAGGACGAAGGAAAACACUUCGUCCCGCUAUCCCAGGGGCAAGAAGGGCCGCAACUCCAUUCCGAAGCCAUCGAUACCUAACCAGCCGUCGGAAGCCGGGGCUCACUUCAUGUGCGAGUUGGCCAAGACCGUGCUCACCAAGGCCGGCGGCAACAGUUCCACGUCCCUCUUCACCCAGGCCUCGACUAGCCAGAACCAUCACGGGCCUCAUCGGGCCCUCCACAUGUGCGCCUUCCAACUAGGUCUGUACGCCCUCGGACUCCACAACUGCGUCAGUCCCAACUGGCUGAGCCGCACCUACUCGAGCCACGUCAGCUGGAUCACUGGACAGGCCAUGGAGAUCGGGGCACCAGCCAUUUGGUUCCUGAUCGACAGCUGGGUCGAUCAUUUGACGCCGGCCGAGGCUGUCAGUAUUGCCGACAAGAGCUCCCGCGGCAGCGACCCCAACAUGGUCAGGGCGGCCGCGGAGCUCGCACUUUCGUGUCUACCGUAUGCACCGUCGCUCAAUCCGAAUGAGAUUCAGAGAGCGAUAUUGCAGUGCAAGGAACAGAGCGACGUCAUGCUCGAGAAGGCCUGCAUCACCGUUGAAAAUACAGCCAAGGACUCUGGUGGCGUGUACCCCGAAGUCUUGUUCCAAGUAGCGAAGUACUGGUACGAGCUUUAUCUGAGGAAUACUCCUGGAGGCGAGACGAUGGACGAGAUUCCGCACGAGUCGCUGACGUUGGACGCGAAUGGUACGCUGAUCGUCGAUCCAGGCUCGGUGGAUCUGGGCAUGUCGGCCGGCCAACUGAUGCAAGGGCAGGCACAGGCGGUCGUCGUGACGAGCGCUCAUCCUCAGCCCCCGCCUCAACCUUACGCCCAUCCGGCAAUAACGACGCUCGCUCCCUUGGUUCCCAUCAUUUCAGAAAUGGGGAUGCCGUACACGGUGAGCCCGUACCACGGCUUCGUUCACCAUCCGCAUCACCCGCAUCACGCGUAUCAGUCGCAUCAGGCUUACGCGGCAGCUGCGGCGGCGGCAGCGGCGGCUGGAGGCCCGAUGCCACCCCACAGAGUGGGCAUGCCACCGCAGCCGGCCCCCAUGCCCAUGUACCAUCAUCCGUUCCAGCCACCACCGGCCCAUCCGAUGCAGCCGCAUCCUCAGCUGCCACCGCCACAUCAUCCGCAACAGCCGUCUCAGGCUGCGCAGCCAGUCGUGCCGCCACCACCGUACUACGGGCCACCUCAACCUCCCACGGCUUGUACUACCGUCAACGUGCACAAUCCUCCGCCCCCGCCGCCCGGUACUCAGCACAUGUUCGCUAUGCAGCAAUCGGUUUCCAUCAAUGUACAGACCAGGCCUAUCCCGGGACCAAACGGACUUCCCGGUCCUCCGUCUAUGAUGCAAGCACAGCCGAUCAUGUCGACCGUCCGUACCCAGCCACAGGUGCACAGGCAACACCAGUCGUACACGCCGCAGCAGUAUCGGGCUCUCGUCUCGGCCUACCGAGUGGGCAUGUUGGCGCUGGACAUGCUGUCACGCCGCGUCCAUGACGACCGUCCGCAAGCCAAGUACGCGCGCAAUCCACCCUACGGCGAGGACGUCAAGUGGCUGUUGCGGGUCUCCAAGCGUCUGGGCACCCAGUUUCUUCACCAGCUCUGCGUCACCGUUGUCAACAGUAUCGUCAGCCCGUUCGUGCUGCAUGACGUCGUGCUCGAGGCGGCCUUCUACCUGUCGCGUAAUAACGCCGCUCUCGUCCUACAGCAGCUCAGAUCUGCCCUCCUGGCACCGCUCGUUCACAAGUGUCAGCAGAUGUACAUUCAGUGUUUGCAUCAGAAAUUGUAUCACUUGAUGGCACCGGACUACGAGGACUUUGCAAGUAUCGUUCGCGCAGCUAGGGCCGCUUUUCACAUUACGCCGGAAGGCCACACGCAGUUCAAAGAAUGGUUGCAAUCCAUCAAAAGAUCACAGUCGUGCAACAAGGAACUAUGGCACCAGAUCAACCAGGCGCUGGCUCAAAGCAACAAAUGACACAAAGCGGAACCAUGGCUAGCGCACCGGUCGCAGCAACAGCAUCCCUUUGAAGAUUCCAACUUUGGCGCGUCAGCCUCUUCAUCCACCUCUGCCGUUGCCACGAACAACACACCAUCAUCGACAACAUCCAACGGCAUGACAGACGAUCCAACGGUAGAAGCAGCGUUGGCAACAGUAGCGACGUGUGGCAACCCGAACGCUGGUGCCGAGCUGCGCAAUCGGUACUUCAAUCGCCGGCACACGACUGGCAACCUGAACAGCAAUAUCGUUGCGGAACACCAGGAAGUUGGACGUUUCGGGCUUCAUCGCAGCCCCUCACCCGAGCUCUUGCGUGCCGCGCACAGAAAUAUCCAUUCUUCGAUGAUUUUAUAAUUUUCAUUCUAUUACCUUUUUUUAAGUUAAUUAAUCGUAUUUUUCAUGCGCUAGGCUCGUGUCUUGUUGAAACAGUAGUGAAUCUUUAGUAUUGGAUCUUGAAUAUUCGGAGAUGAUUUUAAGACUGGGUAGUGUAUUACUUUUUCAUUUUUCUUCAUAAGUGAAUUUUUACUAAAACUGGAAGUUCCAGCAGUGGUAAUUUUUUUUUUUUUUUAAUGCCAAGAUAAUAAUACACUGAUCAG